AUGGCACAGCGUGGCGGAACUGUGUACGAAUUUCUGGGUUGUUUUUGGUACGGUUGUAGUAAAUGCUUUCCUCUCAAUAGGAAUAUGGUGAAGCUUCAACGUACCAAACAAUCCAUGAACGAGUUAUUUGCUCUCACAAAAAAGAAAGAAAACUAUAUAAGAACUUUAGGUAUAAAUUAUCAUAGCAUAUGGGAACACGAGUUUGAGGAAUUACUGAACACUUGUCAGGAUGCCAAGGUUGUAUGUGACAGUCUCGAUAUCAAGGAGAGACUAGAUCCCAGAGACUCUUUCUUUGGGGGUAGAACUAACACCACAAAGCUACAUAAUAAAGUAAAAGACGAUGAAAAAGUGCACUACGUCGAUUUCACUUCCUUGUACAUCAAUAAAUACGAAAAGUAUCCAAUCAAACAUCCCAUCAUUAUUACACAGGGUUUUAAGGAUAUUUCAGAAUAUUUUGGCAUUGCAAAAGUCACAAUUUUACCGCCAAAGGGCCUUUAUCACCCCGUCUUACCUCAAAAGUUAAACGGGAAGCUUACAUUUGCUCUCUGUCGUACGUGUGCAGAACGAUGCUCUCAGAAACCGUAUCAGUGCCCCGACAGUGAUUGGGCGAUGACUGGCACAUGGUGUACACCCGAAAUCAACAAGGCGGUGGAGAAAGGUUACAAGGUUAUAGAAAUCUUUGAAGUGUACCAUUUUGAUGAAAGUAGUCAAUAUGAUCCUUCCACAGAGGAAGGAGGUCUUUUCGGGGAAUACAUUAAUGUAUUUCUUAAAAUCAAGCAGGAGUCUAGCGAUUGGCCCGCCUGGGUUCAGUCGGAAGAAGACGCUGCCCAGUAUAUAGAGCAGUACUUCAAAAGAGAAGGUAUUCGUCUCAAUCCAGACAAUAUUAGAAAAAACAAGGCCCUGAGAUCUCUCGCAAAGUUACUUCUGAAUUCUUUUUGGGGAAAGUUUGGUCAACGAUUAAACAUGCCACAGACUACAUAUUUUCAUGAGUAUGAGGCCGACAAGUUUUUUCAAUGCUUGUCCGAUAGAACAAAAAUCAUAAAAGAUUUUCACAUCGUAACCGAUGAUACCAUCCAAGUGACUUGGGAGAAUGAUGAGCACUUCAUACUUGAAAACGAUCAAACCAAUAUAUUCGUGGCUAGCAUGACAACAUGCUGGGCUAGACUUAAAUUAUAUGGUAUCCUAGAAAUGCUGGGUAAUCGCGUGUUGUACUACGACACAGAUUCCGUAAUAUAUGUCAGUGGGCAAAGUGACCUUAACCCUGACCUGGGGGAUUAUCUUGGCGAACUGACUAGUGAACUUGACCCAGACGACCACAUCACACACUUUGUAUCCGGGGGUCCAAAGCAGUACUCGUACAUUACAUAUAAAGGAAAAGAAAACAUUUUCGAUUCGUGA